AUGCCGUAUCUUGAUAAUGCAGGAGCUGCGCUUCCAUCAAAACGACAGCUUGAUGAAUUAUCAAAAUUUCGAAAUGAUAUGAUUUUGGCAAACCCUCAUUCAAGACAUUCAACUGCACUCAAAACUAAGCAAUUGAUGAAUUCUGCUAGACUACGGUAUUUUUUUGAAACUUUUUUUUCUGAGUUCUGCUAACUUGUGUUUCAGAGUUUUACAAUAUUUCAACGCGUCUUCUGAUGAUUAUUUUGUUGUGUUCACUUAUAAUACAACUCAUUCAUUGAAAAUCGUGGCUGAAAAUUUCAAAUUUACCAGAACGAAAACUGAAGAAGUUAGUGAAAUUUCGAAUAUUCUCUAUGAAAAUCAAUCACAAUUUGCAUAUCUUUACGAUUCUCAUCAUUCAGUGAUCGGACUUCGAAAUUUUGUCAAAAAUAGGGUGAGGUUUUGGAGUUUAUCAGGGUUUUUUUGUAAUCACAAAAUCAAACGAUCAAAAUUAAAAAAAUAAAAGAAACUAAAAUAAACCUUGUGACAAAAAAAGAAAAAUAAUUGUAAAACAAAUACAGAAAAUUGUCUGCAGUCCCAUGAUAUAUGAAUCACACAAUAAUUGUUCAAACUAAUUGCAAUGUCCUUUUUGCAAACCAUGGGAAAAUUCUUAUUGAAAACUGUUACAACAACUACGAUAGUGAUUUUGAAAAAGUUUACAGGUGGACUCCAUCUCCUGCGUAUCAGAAAAUGCUUUUGAAAAUAUUCCCAACACAUCAAACAGUCUCUUUGUGCUCACAGCUAUGAGCAACUUCUGCGGGAAGAAAUAUGAUUUAGACAACAUUGCAAAAUUGCAAGAAAAGGGUUGGAGCGUGUGUCUAGAUGCAGCUAGUUUGGUUUCAACAGCACCAUUGGAUCUCAAAAAAUAUAGGCCGAAUUUUGUCGCAUUGUCAUUUUACAAAAUGUUUGGUUAUCCUACAGGUGUUGGUGCUCUAAUUAUUAGAAAAAGUGGGAGAAAAAAUUUUUCUUUUUCAAAUAAGACAGUGAUUUUGUAGAUUCUGAACAGAUGAUUCCUAAAAACUCAUUCGCUGGUGGAACAGUUCAAAGCGUGGAAGAAGAUAGUUUCUAUUUUAUUAGUAAAGAUUUGGAAGAUGCUUACGAGGAAGGAACAAUGAAUUUCCACGGAAUCGCAGCAAUUCAACAUGGUUUUGAUGAAAUAGAAAGAUGUGGUGGUAUAAAGAAUAUUCAAAAUAAAACAUAUUCGAUUGCCAAACAGAUGUUCAAAAUGCUUUCCACAAAAGUGCAUGAGAAUGGGAAACAGGUUGUUGAAAUUUAUUCACAAAAUUCUUCUGAAUUUGGAACGCAAGAUGAGCAAGGCGCAAUAAUAACAUUCAAUAUCAAACGACCUGAUGGAGGCUACUACGGUUAUAAUGAGGUAUGAGGGAUUUUUCUAUUGAGACAGGGAAAAAAUGAGACACUGAAUGUGAGGAAAAUGACAUGUGUGUUUAUGUUGGGUCUUGUAGCGAUUCUGUGUCCCUCUAGUUUUUUUUUUCUCCAUUUUUUGAAUUUUUUGUCGAUUAGAGCGCGGCUGCUUUUUUUAAUCGUCGCGACCAAAAAUAAAAACAUUUCUACAGUUCGUAUGAAGGAUAGAUGAAUAGAGCAAAGUUUUUUUUUCAGGUUGAAAAAAUAUGUGCAAUUUUUGGUAUCGAAAUCAGAACUGGAUGUUUUUGCAACAUCGGAGCAUGUAGAAAGUAUUUGGGAAUUUCUCAUGAAAUGAUUCAAAAUAAUCAACGGGUAUUUUCCACAAUUUAAAAAAUCGGUUAUUUUUAAAAUAUAUUUUCAUUUAGCAAGGAAAGCGAUGUGGAGAUGAGAUGGAUUUGAUUGAUGGAAAACCAACCGGAGCUGUUAGAAUCUCAUUUGGAAGACAAUCGGAAGAAGACGACAUUCUAGUAGUAGAAAAUAUGAUUGAUAAUUGUUUUGUUGGCUCAAUGGCACAAUUUUCGCAAGUUUCAACAAGUCUCAAAAUUCAUAAUUAUUCCCCUGAAGUUGUGAGAUUAUGCGCUUUCCCAAUUAAAAGUUGUGCAUCCGAAACUAAAGACAGGUAUGCUAAUUUUUCAGAAGUAAUGGUACUGACUUCCUAAAUGUUAUUUCAGUUUCAAUCUAACUGAACGUGGUUUUGAAUAUGAUAGAGAUUUUAUGAUUGUUCAGAGUGGUAUCACAUUGUCAUUGAAAACUCAUCCGGAAUUAUGUAGAAUUUCAGCUACGGUAUUUUUCUGUGUAUAUUUGAAUAACAGAUUCAUAAAUUUUUUGAAGAUUUCAGAAGAUAAAUCUAUGCUGGAAAUCAAAGCGUUUGGUGAAAUGUUGGAAUAUCCACUGAAGUAUUCAAAUAAUUCUGAACAAGAGCGGUUUGUCUGUCGGAACAAGAUUUCAACAAUUUCUUGCGAUGAAAAAACUAACAAGUGGCUUGAUAAUGUUCUAGAUAUGCAAAAUUGUCAACUUGUUCGAGUUACUAACGAUUCCUUCAAGAGCUUUGUGAAUGAAAGCCCGUUUUUGCUUAUAAAUGAAGCCAGUGUACAUAUUCUAUCUCAAAUAAUUAGUAUGUUUAAAACUUUAGACAAAAUAUCAACGUGAUUUUGUUUUUCAGAUAUUCCAACAUCAGAAAUAAUCACACGUUUUCGAUCAAAUAUUGUUGUGAGAGGAAUGCCACCAUUCAUUGAAGAUACUGCAAAACAUUUAAGCAUUGAGGGUAUCAAUUUUGAGGUUCGUCUAUAUUUUUGUUUACUAACAAGAUAUUUCAAAUGUUAUUUUUUGAUAAUUUUCAGGUUGUGGACAAAUGCCUUCGAUGUGAAAUGAUAUGCAUCGAUCCAGACACCGGAGUUAAAGAUCCAUCACUAAUUCUAGCCUUGAGAAAUUUUAGAAAAAAUCAGAAACUCACAUUUGGUAUUUACAUAAGACAAACAUCGUUUCAACAAGGAACUAGCAUAAAUAUAGGUGACAUGGUACAAUUCAAUUGA